UUAUAAAAUUGGAAAAAAACAAAACCUCUGGUUCAUCUUUGUCUUUGUGUACAAACACUUGUGAUUACAGGUCUCUUUUAUACCAUAUUUUAAAAUUAUCCUAUUUCCUUCAGUUAGUUAAGAUCUGCUUCAAAACUUUUUGUUCUUUCCUGGUUAUCUUUAUAUGCUUAAUUUUCAUCGUUUUCUUGUCGUCUUUCUCAAGUUCACUUACUUUUUUCACUGGGUUUUAGUAAUUUGUUUUUUAUUUGAUGGGUUCAUACUCAAUGUCAGUUUAAAAGAGGUUUUAUGCAAGUUUUAGGGUUGUAAUCUUUGUUUUUAUUUUUUAUUUGUAAAAUUAAUUUCCUUUUUUUUUGGUCACUUCAAAAUGGGAUGUUUUUCAUUCUUAUUCUCAAAGAGAAAGAUUUUCAAGAUUGAAGAUACUGACAGGGCAAGAUCUGCUUCAUGUACUUCAGUGAAUAACAAUGGAAAGGUUGAUUUGCAUAAGAAUGAAAAUGGUAAUGGUGAUGCUAAUUUAGGGAAUGUUAGAGUAGGUGAUCAAACUGCUAGGUCGAAAAGUCCAGCAAAAAGCUUCUCAUACCGCGAACUUUGUGUUGCAACCGGAAUGUUUAAUAGUGCUAAUAAGAUUGGUGAAGGUGGUUUUGGUAAAGUUUUCAGGGGAAGGCUGGAGACUGGGGAGAUUGUUGCUAUUAAACAAUUGAAUCAUGAAGGAGUCCAAGGAAGUCAGGAAUUUAUUAUUGAAGUUCUCAUGCUUAGCCUUCUUCACCACCCGAAUCUUAUGAGCUUAAAAGGGUAUUGCACUGAUGGCGAUGAAAAACUCUUAGUUUAUGAGUAUAUGCCACAGGGUAGCUUGGAGGACCAUUUAUUCGAUUUGGUCCCCGGGAAGAGCCCAUUGGACUGGAACACGCGCAUAAAAAUUGCUGUUGAUACAGCCAGGGGUAUGGAAUAUCUUCAUGUCAUAGCCAACCCACCUGUUAUCUUCCGCGACUUGAAACCAGCAAAUAUAUUACUGGACAAUGACUUCCGUGCCAGGCUCUCAGACUUUGGGCUCGCCAAAUUGGGACCUGUUGGUGACAGGACCCAUGUCUCUACCCGUGUGAUGGGAACUUAUGGCUAUUGUGCACCCGAAUAUGCCAUGAGUGGUAAACUGACUCUAAAAUCCGACAUUUAUAGCUUGGGUGUUGUUUUAUUGGAAAUUAUCAGUGGGCGCAAGGCUAUUGACCCAAACAGGAGUCGUGCAGAGCAAAAUUUAGUUAAUUGGGCACGCCCUUGUUUCAGGGAUAAAAGAAAAUAUAUUGAGCUGCUUGACCCGACUUUGCAGGGUCGUUUUCCCUGGCGCAGUUUUCAACAUUUUGUCGCAAUUGUUGCCAUGUGUCUUCAGGAAGUACCCGUUUACCGACCCCUCAUCAGUGAUGUCGUUGUGGCCUUAGAAUACUUGGCUUCACAAAUGUACAUCCCUGAAAGUUCAGGUUCGAUAAGCCCUUCUCACCCUUCAUCUUCAAGCCGAGAUCAUAGCAGAUUCUAGAACAAAAGGUCAUAACAUCCAAUUAAAUGUAAAUGUACAAAGUCAGAAGUGUGAAUUAAGUUUGUUUUUAGAUUUUUAAUGCUAUAUUACAUACCUAAAGAGUGCACACAAGUAUGGUUCGUUGCUAGCUUAGCUCAAACGGAAUAAGGUUGUAGAAUGGUUCGGGAGAUUAUCGUUUGUGUAUAAAAAAAUGUGUUGAUAUUAUUAGAUCUUAUGAUUUGUUCUAGGAGGAGUUACAGUUGUUUCAUUGCUGUGGGCUAUCUGAUAUCUAUUCAGAUCUUGCUUGUUAAUCCAAUAGUCUUAUGGUGAGUGAAUAGAGAAAGCUUUUUCAUUUGAAUUGUUGGCACAAAAUGAAGCCUUAACUUUAUUUUAUGAUUGGAUUUUGGUACUUUUAUGUUUUAAUCCCCUCAUUUUCCUUCUUUUUGGGUGAUUGUUCUUGCUCUUCAACUCUUGUUUGCAAUUGGAGAUGUUCAAUGGGAUCAUUGCAUAAUGCAUAUCCUAGAUCCAUCUUGGAUUUAGGUAGCGGUGUUUAUUCGGGUCCAUGAGUCGAUUCCGGGUUAGGUAAUUCAGGCCGGUUCAAAAUCGGAUCAUGUGUUAACAUUAAUUUUUAUAUAAUUUUAAAUUCAUUUUAAAGUCGGGACAAAUCGAGUUUAGUUGGGUAAAUAUGGAUUGUUGAAUCUGUUUGGGAUAUAAAGUGGGUAUUUUGUUUUGCAAAAUUUUCACUACACUCACCAAAAUUGGCCUAAUUGCGAUUGGAUAUUGUUGAUUAUAAUAGGUAGUGGGUGAAGUAUGACUGAACUAUGAAGACUUGUCAGUUGUCAUGGUGAUGAAUGGGGCUGAGAAAAUUUGGAAAUCCAAUUCGAAAGAACUAAUCGGAUUAGAUACCCAAUUUGAGACUAUCGAUUGGCAAAAAUGACUAACUAUGCGUAUCCAAUCUAAUCUAAUUUUAAAAUCGGUAACUUAGGGCACUC